AUGUUUGACAUGGUUUCCCAUGCCCUUCCUCUGGGCCUUUAUGUUCUUGUCUUGUUAUGCCUUGUCCGAUGUUCGAUCCUGCUCAAUAAGCGCCCCUUCCCCGCCAAUGCCCCCAAGUUCAUCUCGGGAUACCCGGUGGUGGGUGCCCUCCGACUCUUCUUCGAUCGGGGAAGAUUCUGCCAGAGCAGUAAGACAGCCUCUCCCACCGGAAACUACAGCUACUACCUCGGUCGACAACGAGUUGUGGGCCUGUCCGGUCCCCAGGGCCGCAAGACCUUUUUCGAGUGUCGGGAUCUUGAUCUGGAACAAGGGGUCGAUCUGUUCGUCCCUUUCACCAGUGCGGUCGAGGCAGCAAACGAUCCAUCCAUCGAGACGCAUAUUUCGUAUUUUCGGACCACGGUGCGCACGGCAUUGCUGCGUACCCAGAGCUUGGAAUUCAUACCGGCAGCCAUAGACGCAUGCACCACCUCGACCUUGAACCGCAUUAAAAUUAAAGGUCUGAUUGAUCCUUUCCAGGAUCUGAGCUGGCUUUACGCGCAGUCCACCAUGGCAGUGUUAGGAGUCGACGAGGUGGCACGCUCCCCCGAGCUAUCGAGAAAGCUAAGUGAGCUAGUAAGUGCAAUUGAUGGAACCUUUUCGGCCAUCGACAUGGUGAUUCCCUGGCUUCUGAACCCGUUCCAUAUCCCCGUCAUGAUUGCAAUGGGACGACUGUACGUGAUGAUGUGGAAGAUCAUUCGCAAUCAGCAGCAGCAGCAGCCGCACAAACGAGAUCUUUACAAUGAGAGCAUGCUACCGAGUCUGAUUGAGAAGGGGAGGAGUACGAGAGCUAUUCUGAAGGGGAAUUCUCCGACAGUGGCUUCGUGGUUACUGGUGGGGCUUGCCACCAAUGCAUCUUGGAUGGCUAGAAUCCGCCAGGAGGUGAACCAAGUGGUCGCCAAGCAUCGAAAAGAUGGCGAAUCCGCGGAGCAAGUCCUCCGAACCCUGAAUGCGCAUGCCUGGGAAAACGAGUUUCCGCUCAUUGACGCCUGUCACCUGGAAAGCAUUCGGCUAACCGCUGGGUUGCUGCUUUGUCGUAAGAACAUCAGCCCAACUGAUGUUCCAAUUGGAGAUACAGGCGAGGUGAUACCGCCAGGGGCCUAUGUGACUUACCACGCUGAAGAAGCGAACAUGGACCCGAAUAUCUACCCCUAUCCGCAACGCUGGGAUCCGGGACGUUUCCUGUCGGAUCGUGCAGAACAUCUGAAGGAACCCCUGGCGUAUGCUGGCUUUGGAGCAGGGCGUCAGAAAUGCCUUGGUGAAAAUUCAAACGUGCAUGCUAGUGGCGAGAUUCGUCACCAUGUUUGA